AUGGAGUAUAUCAACAAUAUAUUGGGAAAUCAGUCCCAAGUGCAGCUGGUUGGGGAAGCAAUUCCCACGUUGUGCAACAGAUUACAGCACUCGACAAUGGUAUUGGAUAGGCGUUCUGCUGUUCUUGGGUUGAAAAGUUUUAGUCGGCAAUAUAGGGAAACCGUUGUUGAAAAUGGGUUGCGUCCGUUGAUAUCAGCUUUUAAGAAGGAUCACGAAAAUGUAUCGAUGGUUAAAGCACUCUUGGAGUCCUUCCUUAUCCUACUGAUUCAUGGCGGUGACGCUAAUGACGAUUUGACUAAAGGUUGGAUUUCGCAACAGCUGCGACUGCAGAAUGGAAAGUAUCCCUCACCAUUACUAAUGGGGAACCUUGCAGUUUCAAUGGAGGACCAGCUAUCUUUGUGGAUUGCUGACGCAUUGUUACAAGAUCCCGAGAUUUUGGCCUUGAUGAUUGAACAGUUGGCUGAAAAUGAUUAUCAUUUGAAACUAUAUACCAUCCAAUUAUUGGAAUUUUUGGUUUCUUGUCGAGGGCCAAGGGUCAAGGAAACACUAUUAAACACCCCAACAGCAAUGUCGACAAUUUGCAGUUUGUUGCACGAUAGUCAUGAUCCAGUACGAAAUGAAGCCAUUCUACUUCUUAUGGCGCUCGUGAAUAACAAUUUCAAUAUCCAAAAAAUGGUUGCUUUUGAAAAUACAUUUGAAACAUUGUUCGAUGUAAUUGAAGAAGAAGGCGGAAUAAGGGGGUCCAUCCUAGUGCAGGAUUGUUUAACAUUACUUACAAAUUUGCUUCAAUUUAAUGAAUCGAACCAGAAAUAUUUCUUGGAAACGCAAUGUGUACCGCGACUAGCGAGGCUAUUAGGAGAACCCGUGGAGGGAGAAGUAAUGGAUGAGCAAGAAUAUGCCUCUGCGGCGUUAAAUGGUCACGAAAAUGGAACAAUCAAUGGUUCAGAGCCACCUAUUGCGUGGACGGAACAAAGACUACAAAACAUGACUAUCGCACUAGAAAUAUGUCGGCUAUUGGUGUCAGAAGAUAAUGAGCUAGUUGUACAAAAUCAGAAUAUUCUCUAUCAAGCGGGAAUCCACUACGUUGUGUUAAAACUCAUCUUUUCACCACUGACAGGGAAUACUAUAAGGUCCGUGGCCCUUUUGACGGCGGCAGAUGCCAUUCGUGGGAAUCCAGACAUUCAAUAUGAAAUUUCCAAAAUUGAUAUUCCUUAUAUUGAUCCUUCUUUACCAUCCCAUAUACAGUUUUUUCAAAAACCUAUCCCGGUACCCGUCGCAUUGCUUAAUUGGUGCUUAUUUAUCAAUUCCGUGCAUCUGUUUGACGUAAGAAUCGGUGCUGCAUUUUGUUUGGAUGCAUAUUUCAAAGACAAUCAAGGUGCAAAGCUGGCAUUUUUGAAAGACCAGAUUGAGGCAUACAAGCUGGACAUUUAUUACUAUGAAAUAGGUGACGAUUUGCCCAUUACAAAUGGGAACAACAGCAACAGCAACAGCAACAGCAACAACAACAGCAACAACAACAGCAACAACAAUAAUAAUAAUAAUAAUAAUAGUAUGCCAGCACCCUACGGAAAUAUAUUUCGUACUUUGAUGGAUUAUGAUGCUGAUGUGAAACUCAACCCGUAUAAAGUGUGGUUUGCAGCAUUAACUCUAAUACACAUUUUCAAAGACCAGCCAGAAAACAAAGAAACGGCAAGAGCUGUAAAUGCAGGAAAUGAGGAAGCGAAUGAGGAGAUUAUGAGCUCUAUAGAGGCAAUAUCUGGCUUGCUAAUUACUACAUUUGAUGACAUGGAUCAAAGAGUUGCAAUUGGAUACUUGAUGCUUUUGUCAAUAUGGCUAUACGAAGAUUUUGCUGCAGUGAAUGAUUUCUUGAGUGACGAGUCUACUGUUAAAUCGAUCUUGGCAUUCUUGUCAAGCAACACAUCUGAAGCUAAUUCAAUUGUACAUAGCAUGGCUGCAAUUUUACUAGGAAUAGUUUAUGAGUUUUCCACAAAAGAUUCUCCUAUCUCAAGAGUUGAACUUCACAAAUUACUAGUGAAAGGACUCGGGAUGAACAACUAUUCUUAUAAGGUGAAGCAAUUGAGCACAAAUCCAUUGUUUAAAAAUUUUGAUGAAUCUCUGAACUUUUUAUCUGUUCAAGAGGAAAAUGGAUUGCCUGACGUAUAUUUUGACGUGAGUUAUGUUAAUUUGGUGAAGGACCAUUUCACUCGGAUCAAAAGAGCAUUGUUUCAUGACCCUAAUUCGGAACCUCGAGGAAAAAUAUCGUAUGAGCUUUUUGAAGAGGUGGAUAUGAAAGCUUCAGAAUUAGCAAAAGAGCUACAAGAGGAACGAACAAAGAAUAGGGAAAAUGAGACUUUUUUGAAAGAAAAAAUAAAAGAAUUAGAAACUGUGAAGAAGGACCUCCAGGUCCAAGUUGAACAAGUUGAAAGAGAUCUUGUUAGGGUACUGGAAGAGUUGAAGGUAAUGGGUGAAAAGUUUUCCUUCGCCUCUCAAAAGCUCAGCGAUGUAACGAGUCUAAAACAAGAACUUGAACAAACAUCAAGUAAAUAUAGUAAAGAACUUCAAGAGGCGUUGCGCACAAUUGAGACAUUUCAAGCACAGCAAACGCAAUUAGAAGCACAAUUGGAAUCAACUGAACGAUCCAAAAAGAAGUUAGAGGAUGGAGUUAACGCCAUGACUAAAGACUUGUUUCAGCUAAAGAAACAGAAUGCAGAAGGAGAAGAUCGCAUAAAGCAACUUGUAAAGGAGUUGAAGAAUGUCAAAACAGAAACUGAAAAAUACAAGAAAAGUUAUGAGGACCAAAUUUUGCAACUCAAGUCAGACAAAAACUUGUUGUCGAAAUCACUUGCAGAUACGCAGAAUGAGAAUCGGAUAGCCAGAUCAAAGAGUGCAGAAUUGGAGAAGGAAAUUGCUUCCAAACUACUGGAAGUGAAGAAUAUGAGUAGUGAGAAAUAUUCUUUGACACAGAAGCUUGAAGUUAUUGAAAAGGAAAAAUUGGCACUUUUGAAUAGCUUGAACUCAAGAGACGCCCGGAUUGCAGAGUUGGAGUCUACUUUAGAAGAUUUGAGAGUACAAGAGCUGACUGCAAAAGCAGAGGUGGAGAAGAUCACUAAUAAACUCAAGUCUACGAGAGAAAACUUGGUUCAGCAAGAGUCAGAUGCCGAGGAAAAGUUGAAUAGCGUAAACAAGGAGUUUAAAGCAUAUCAAAAAGAGAAACUGGAAUUAGAGGUUAAAGUAGCAGAACUUGAAAUGAAGCUAGAAUCUACUCUAGGCAAUGAAGAAAAGAUUCAAAAAUUGAACAAUGAGAUAUUGGAGUACAAACUGAACAUAAGCGAGCUUUCCAAACAAGUAGAAGAAGUCAAAAAAGAUUUUGAAACCAAAGAGAGCCACCAAAAAGAUACUACAGUUGACAUGUUGGAGAAGCAAGAGGAAAAUAAUGCUUCUCUUGUGGAAAAAAUAAAAGAAGUUGAAAAACAAAAGCAAGAUCUUAUAGACAAAGUAAGUGUGCUUGAAAAGGAGCUCAAAGAAAGCAAGACAAUCCAAGAUAAGCACGACAAGUUGGAUGAGAAAAUACAAUUACAACAAAAGGAUAAAGAGCAGCUUAUUGAGAAAAUCUCCCAGCUUGAAAAAGAUCUCAUCCAUGAGAAAUCAGCACAAAGUCAACUUGGUGAAGAAGUUGAAGAAAAAAUGCAAAAACUCACCUUUGAAAAGAAAGAACUUAUUGAAAAGGUUGGACAACUUGAAGAAAAGAUAACAGUAACUAAUCAAUCAAAUAGUGCAAAAGCUCGAGAAUCAAGCAAAGAGAUUGAAACUCUUCAAAAUUUGAAUACCAAUCUUAACUCCGAAUUGGCAAAGUUGCACAAGGAAUUUUCAAUUUUCAAGGCAAAUAGUCAAUUAGAUGGAUUGAAAAAGGAAGAAAAGGAGCUGGAAGUGGGAGAAAAGGAAAAAAAUUCAAAAGAAGCUGCAUUAAGGGAGGAGAUUGGGAAAUUAAAAGCAAAGCUCAAUGACUUUGUCCCCAGAACCGAGCUUGACGAUUUAAUGCUAUUGAUGUCUGAUUUGGACGAAAAGAAAAGUAGGUAUGCCAAGAGACUUAAAGAUUUAGGCGAGGAAGUUAGCGAGAAUGAAGAGUCCAGUGAAGACGAAGAUGAUGAUGAUGAUGAUGAUGAUGAUGACGAUGACGAAGAAAGCGAUAUAGAGUAG